AGCUGGUCGUCAAUCGAGCCCGGCCAGGGUUGUUUGCUGACGCGCAGAUUAGAUACUGUGUCCAGUAUUCGUCUCGGAGUUCGGACGUUUGAGCGAGGCCUGGGUGGGAAAUCCCACAUGGCAUGGCCUGGGGCGGCAAGGCAUGGCGUGGCGUGGCAUAGAUAGGUGGCAUGGCAUGGCAAUGGGGUGCCGGGAGCCUCCUUGCCCGCAUGGCCUUCCUUGGGUUGGUGGCUUCAUCACCUGGUGGCCCAUUCAUUCACCCAGCCACUGAAGGAGCCGCGGCGGGUAGUUGGCUAUAUUGUUGGCUGGCUGUCGAGCCAGUCAAUCCUUCUGGGCCAGGCUGCGUCGACCUGGCUGCCGAGGUCCUUCAAAGAGCCCCCCAACAAACAAGAGCAAUCACAAUCCAUCCCAUCACUAUCACACAUUAUAUACAUCACAGUUGCAGCAGAGGGAGGAGGAGUGGAAACGGGGCGCCAACAUACGACAACAAAGACGUGACACAGCUAAUUGCAUGUAUAUACCGACUAUACAGACAGAGGCCGUCCGCAUCACGACACUGCCGCAUCCUCUAUCGGUCCCGUUGCGUUGCGCCAUCUCCGGGUAGUGCACCGAGAACGGGUGCCUGACCCUCACCUCAGGGCAGGCAAAGGGUCCAUCGACACCCGCCGUUUCGGUAACGGACGCCAUGGACAGACACUACGAGGACACUAGUGGUUGUGUUUGAUAAGAUCGAGAAAUAUACCGCCAAGGCUCGCCCCUCUUCGGGCAGAGCGAGAUGGAUGGAUGACCAGGCGGCUCUUCCCCCUUCCCUCGGGAGGAGCCAAUGAGAAGUGGGACUGGGACUAGGACUGGGACUAGGACUGGGACUGGGAACCAGCGGUGACCAAGACAGAGGCCGCGCCGGUCUGGU